UUAGUCUAAACCGUCUAUCCAGAAAAAGGCACGCCAAAGAGUGAAAUUUGCGAAAGGAAAUUUUGCUUGGUUCUUGAAGAUGGGGGUUUCGCCAACAAUUUGUGGCGGUAAAAUACGCAACCAAAUUUUCCGGUAAGAGUGGUCGCUCUUCUUUUCUUCCCUUCCUCAACAGACAAUCCCUUUGGAAUUUUCAAGGUGAAAAAAUUUCUCUCUCUGACCUUGCUUGAAUCAUUAUCUUCUUCACUGAAGCUUCAUCCGGCUCUCGUUUCUACUACUUUUAUUACUCUGGAACGCCGUCUUUUCCUUAACUUAUUUCAUUUUGGAUAUGCUUCCUCACUUCCAUGGCCGGAAUUUUUUUCAAGUUGUUUAGAAGUUGAGAUAAUUUACAUUCCUAGUUGUACCUGUGCUCUUUUUUUCGCAUUCUUGUUCUCUGCAACCCACUGUAUCUUGUAAGAGUUUAAUUAUUAAGUAUUGAAAUGACUGUCUCCUGUAUUCCAACUUGCCAAUUCACUCUCACGAAACCAAGCUCCACCUUUUCCAAUAAUGAAUUCAUAAAUCAACCCCACCCUCUUUCUCUUUUGUCCAAAUGUACAUCUCUCAGGGAGCUCAAGCAAAUUCAAGCCUAUACCAUCAAAACCAAUCUUCAGAAUGACGUCUCUGUUCUCACCAAGCUCAUUAAUAUCUGCACACGCAACCCCACAACUUCGUCCAUGGACUAUGCCCACCAUCUGUUCGAUCAAAUUUCUGACAAGGAUAUUGUCCUCUUUAACAUAAUGGCACGUGGUUAUGCUCGCUCUAACUCUCCAAAUCUUGCUUUUUCUCUUUUUGCUAAAGUCCUUUCCUCUGGCCUUCUUCCUGAUGACUACACAUUCUCGUCCCUUCUCAAGGCGUGUGCGAGUUCUAAGGCCUUCAAACAAGGUAUGGAGUUGCAUUGUUUUGCUAUUAAACUUGGACUGAAUCAUAAUAUUUACAUAUGCCCAACCCUCAUAAAUAUGUAUGCGGAGUGCAAUGACAUGAAUGCUGCGCGUGGAGUGUUUGAUGAAAUAGAGCAGCCAUGUAUUGUUAGCUAUAAUGCAAUUAUCACGGGUUAUGCUCGAAGUAGUCAGCCUAAUGAGGCAUUGUCUUUGUUUAGAGAAUUGCAAGCGAGUCAUCUUGAGCCUACUGAUGUUACUAUGCUUAGUAUAAUUAUGUCAUGUGCUCUGUUGGGAGCACUAGACCUGGGAAGGUGGAUUCAUGAAUAUGUUAAGAAGAAAGGGUUUGAUAAAUAUGUGAAGGUGAACACUGCACUUAUAGAUAUGUUUGCGAAAUGUGGAAGUCUAGCUGAUGCUAUUUCUAUCUUUGAGGGCAUGCGUGUGAGAGAUACACAAGCUUGGUCUGCAAUGAUAGUUGCAUUUGCAACUCAUGGGGAUGGUUUGAAAGCUAUCUCAAUGUUUGAAGAGAUGAAGAGGACAGGAGUUCGACCCGAUGAGAUCACUUUUUUGGGGCUUUUGUAUGCUUGUAGUCAUGCUGGGCUCGUAGAACAAGGUAGAGAGUAUUUCUAUAACAUGUCUAAAAACUAUGGAAUAACUCCAGGGAUCAAGCAUUAUGGGUGUAUGGUGGAUUUGCUUGGUCGAACAGGUCGUUUAGAUGAGGCUUAUAACUUCAUAGAUGAAUUGGAAAUUAAGCCCACGCCUGUACUCUGGCGCACCUUGUUAUCUGCUUGCAGCACCCAUGGUAAUGUGGACAUGGCAAAGCGGGUUACCGAAAGAAUUUUUGAAUUAGAUGACUCCCAUGGAGGGGAUUAUGUUAUAUUAUCGAACUUGUGUGCUAGAGUAGGAAGAUGGGAAGAUGUGAAUCAUUUGAGGAAAUUGAUGAAAGAUAGAGGGGUGGUGAAGGUUCCUGGGUGUAGUUCUGUAGAGGUAAACAAUGUAGUACAUGAGUUCUUCUCUGGAGAUGGAGUUCACUGCAUUUCAGUAGAGUUGCGCCGAGCACUUGACGAGUUAAUCAAAGAAAUAAAGUUGGUGGGAUAUGUUCCUGAUACAUCUUUAGUAUAUCAUGCUGAUAUGGAAGAGGAAGGGAAAGAACUUGUCCUGAGAUAUCACAGUGAAAAAUUGGCCAUGGCUUUCGGGCUCCUAAAUACACCUCCCGGUACAACGAUAAGGGUAGUCAAGAAUCUCCGUAUUUGUGGAGAUUGCCAUAAUGCUGCAAAGCUUAUAUCUUUAAUUUUUGGGAGGCAAAUCAUUAUUAGGGACGUUCAACGAUUCCAUCGAUUUGAAAAUGGGAAAUGCUCCUGUAGUGAUUUCUGGUAAUAGAAUAUGUUGGAGUCACAUGCCAUUCUUACCGUUAAUGUUUCUUUCCUGAAAUGGCGAUGGUUUGGGUUUCAUUUAGUAUAACUUCAUGGGGGACCUUCAUAUUUUUAUAGCAACCAGGGAAUUCAGAGAAGAUUGGUUUGAAGAUUGGACCUCCCCAUUUAUUUAAUUUGGAAUUCAUGUAGUAUAACUUCAUGGGGGCCUUUAUGUUUUGUAUAGCAACCAAGGAACUCAGAGCAAGAUUGAUUUGAAUGUUGGACCUCUCCAUAUAUUUUUUUCAUAUAUUUACCAGUGUAGCAUUGAUCAUUACAUGUAAUGGAUCAAAUUUAAGUAUAUAACCAUUGGAUGAACAUAUUUUGUUUGACAA